AUGUACAGAGGGCAAAUUACCAGUGUCCGUGAGGCUCUGGAAAUCGUUCCGCAUAGAAGUUCAACCCUUGUUGACAAAAGUUGGUCCAGGGCCGUUUUCCAAGCUCGGGUACCGGCCACGGCAGUCAUGCGUACGCUUCGUAGAGCCCGUAGUGAAUGCUGA